UAUGCUUGCUUCAAAUAAAAGUUGGGCACGUAAUUUUUUUUCUGGACAACAAGGGCUUGAAGUUCAUCCAUUCUGGCACAAAUAUGACAUUCCCGGAAUAAAUCCAGCCUAUCACUAUGGUUUAGGCACUUAUAUUGGUUUCGUUUGUGUCCUGGGCACUUUGGGUAAUUUGUUAGUUCUCUACCUUUUUACUGUAACCAAAAGUCUUCGCUCUCCCUCAAAUUUGUUUAUUCUUUCGUUAGCGCUAAGCGAUGCGACUUUUUCAGCUAUCAACGGUUUCCCGCUUUUAACAAUAUCUUCCUUUUAUCGAAAAUGGAUAUUUGGGAAGUUAGCAUGUGAACUUUAUUCAAUGAUAGGAGGUAUAUGCGGAUUUGCGUCAAUAAAUGCUGUUGCUUUUAUUGCUUUUGAUCGAUUUUUCGUAAUUGCUUAUCCAUUUGAUGCAAUGAAAAAAAUGACGAAAAAGAGAGCAAUUCUUCAAAUACUAUUUUUAUGGGCUUACUCAAUAGCAUGGGCGCUUCCGCCAAUGUUUGGCUGGGGAGCUUUCAUUCCAGAAGGAUUUCAAACAAGUUGCUCUUUCGACUAUCUAACAUUAACUUUGAAUAAUAUUAGCUAUGUAUUUGCAAUGUUCACAUUUGCUUUCAUCUUGCCGGUUCUUGUCAUAAUAAUCUGCUACAUUAACAUAGUCCGGGCCGUCUCCAGCCAAGCUAAAACUAUGUCAAAAACAGCAGAAAAAAUGGGAGCAAAAACAACUAAGGAUGAUCAUAAACAAGAAAUUCGGUUAGCAAAAAUAGCUGCAGGAACUUUUACAUUAUUUCUCCUUUCGUGGUCACCUUAUGCAAUUGUUACUAUUGGAGGAAUGGCAGGUUUUCCCUGGCUAAUAACCCCUUUUUCUUGUGAAUUACCUGUAAUGUUUGCCAAAAUGUCGGCAGUUUAUAACCCUUUACUUUAUGCCCUAUCUCAUCCUAAAUUCAGAGCAGCUCUAAACGACAAAGUACCCUGGCUAACCAUUUGCUGCCCAGCCAUAGAGACUGCAGCAAAGAGUAGUCGAUCUGGAAUAAAAUCUACAACUGCAAAGCAGUCAAACGAUUCUUCAACAGCAGUUGAGAUGGAAACUGUUGUAGCUUCGACUGUCACAGCUUAG